AUGCAAUCUGACGGUGCUGCUCCCGAAGGACCGCGGAGCGACGCACCCUCUGCGAAUGGGAGACGGCAGGCUCGCUCGUCCAGCAGACCCCGAGGGCCCCCUACUGGCAGUACACCUGGCAUGCACAGUGAUAUGGGCGGCUUCCCUGACGACGAAGUUGUUGGACUACGAGGAAUGCGACGGCAAGCACCGGGCCAGCAGCAAGAUGUGCCGAGAGUGGUCGACACAACUGCGGAGACGCUGGGCAUACAGUUUGAGCGCUUCCUCGAGAACUUCACGGAAGACCCAACACCGUCAGCAGCUCCUGCAUCUAGUGCUGUAACGACGAACAAAUACUACAUCGCGCAGAUCCAUGGCUUGUGCCAGUUCAAGCUGUCAACACUCUACAUCGACUUUACCCACUUGAUGGACCACGAGCGUGGUGUAUUAGCCAACGCGAUCCAAGGCGACUUCUAUCGCUUCCAUCCGUACAUGCUGCGGGCUCUGAACAACCUGAUUGCGAAGCACGAGCCGCAAUACUACCGAGAGCACAGACAGCCCGGCUCCACGACCGCCAGGACAGACACGUCGCUUGCCGGCAACAGCUAUAGCGGAGACGAUAGCAUGAACGACAAGACGCCAAACCAGCAGACAGACAAGAUCUUUGCAUUAGCCUUCUACAACCUCCCAUUAGUGUCAAGAGUGCGUCAAUUGCGGACUGAGCAAAUCGGAAAGCUCGCUUCAAUAUCUGGGACCGUGACCCGCACGUCAGAAGUGCGGCCUGAGCUGCAUCUCGCCACAUUCAUCUGCGAGGGCUGCAACGCAGUCAUCCCAGACGUAGAGCAGAUCUUCAAGUACUCGGAGCCCACACAAUGUCCCAAUCUGACGUGCGGCAACCGCCAAGGCUGGCGGCUCGACAUCAGACAGAGUACGUUUAUUGACUGGCAAAAGGUCCGGAUCCAGGAGAACAGCUCAGAGAUACCUACCGGAAGCAUGCCGAGGACGAUGGACGUCAUUCUGCGAGGCGAAAUGGUCGAUCGAGCAAAGGCUGGCGAGAAGUGUAUCUUCACAGGCACACUCAUUGUUGUCCCGGACGUCAGCCAGUUCCGUGUGCCUGGGACCCGAGUACAGGCUAUCCGAGACUCGCAAGCUCCGCGCGGCGGUGACGUGGGCGGGAGCGGUGUUGGCGGGCUUAAGGCGUUAGGUGUGCGCGACUUGACGUACCGCAUGGCAUUCCUGGCAAACAUGGUGACACCCGACACUUCAACGCAGGGCCAGAGCGCGAACCAGCAUCUCAAGGGACACGCAGGCAACAUUCUCAGCUCGCUAGGUCAGAUGGUCGAUCUGAAUGAAACAACCGGCGAUCAGGCCCAACAAGACUACUUAGACACUCUUACCCCAGCCGAGAUUGACGACCUUAGGAACAUGGUCCAGACACCGAACGUCUUCAUGCGGCUCGUGGACUCUCUGGCGCCAAUGGUAUACGGCCACACCAUCGUGAAGAAGGGUCUGCUCCUGCAGCUCAUGGGAGGCGUCAGCAAGACCACGCCUGAAGGCAUGGCACUCCGCGGCGACAUCAACAUUUGCAUCGUCGGCGAUCCUAGUACAAGCAAAUCCCAGUUCUUGAAGUACAUCUGCUCGUUCCUUCCGCGCGCAGUGUACACUUCCGGCAAAGCAUCCUCAGCCGCCGGUCUUACAGCCGCGGUGGUAAAGGACGAGGAAACGGGUGAGUUCACCAUCGAAGCGGGUGCGCUCAUGCUCGCCGACAACGGCAUCUGCGCCAUCGACGAGUUCGAUAAGAUGGACAUUGCGGACCAAGUCGCCAUCCACGAAGCCAUGGAACAGCAAACCAUCUCCAUCGCCAAAGCCGGCAUCCAGGCUACGCUCAACGCCCGCACGAGCAUCCUUGCGGCAGCCAAUCCGGUCGGAGGGCGAUAUAACCGCAAGACGACCCUGCGAGCCAACAUUAACAUGAGCGCGCCCAUCAUGUCACGCUUUGACCUGUUCUUUGUCGUCCUGGACGAGUGCAACGCACAGAUCGACGAACACCUCGCCCGGCAUAUCGUGGCUAUCCAUCAACUCAAAGACGAUGCGGUGGAGCCUGAGUACAGCACAGAGCAGCUGCAACGGUACAUCCGCUUCGCCCGCUUGUUUCAGCCCGUCUUCACCGAGUCGGCCAAAGCAUAUCUUGUCGAGCGGUACAAGGAGCUGCGAGCGGAUGACGCGCAAGGCGGCAUUGGCAGGAACUCGUACCGUAUCACUGUUCGACAACUGGAAUCGCUUAUCCGAUUGAGCGAGGCGAUAGCGAAGGCCAACUGUGUGGACGAGGUAACAGACGAUUUCGUUAAGGAAGCGUACCAUCUUUUGAAGCAGAGCAUCAUCAGCGUCGAGAAGGACGACGUAGAGUUUGAGGACGAAGAAGAGCCAGCUGCCGCUGCCGGUGCAGAUGAGCAGAAUGGUGACUCGCCUAUGGAAGGCAGUGAGGAGGCAGAAGGUGAUGCUCGAGCAUCUGCGACGCCAGCACCCGCUGCACCGCCACGACCUCGGACGCAGAUUAAAUGGGAAGACUACGUGCAGAUCCAGAACAAGCUGCUGAGGCGCGUGAAUAACGAUCAAAGUACCGCUGAAGAUGGCGUCGAAGAAGAUGAUUUACUCAUGUGGUAUCUGGAGCAGAUCGAAAGUCAGCUGGAGAGUCAGGAGGACAUGGAGCAUCAGCGGAGUCUGGCACGGAAGGUGCUAAAGCGGAUGGUCAAGGACAACGUGCUACUGCAGAUCCGCGGCGAAGGCUUAGCGGACGAAGCUGGAGACGCUCCGCAACAAGACGACAGGGUGGUAUACCUUGUGCAUCCGAACUGCAACGCAGACGAAAUCCUUGGACAAUGA